AUGGGGCCCACCGCACAGCCCUGUGGUACCCCUGAAGUAUGGAGGCCCACCACACAGCCCUGUGGUACCCCUGAAGUAUGGAGAACCACACAGCCCUGUGGUACCCCUGAAGUACGGAGGCCCACCACACAGCCCUGUGGUACCCCUGAAGUAUGGAGGCCCACCACACAGCCCUGUGGUACCCCUGAAGUAUGGAGAACCACACAGCCCUGUGGUACCCCUGAAGUAUGGAGGCCCACCACACAGCCCUGUGGUACCCCUGAAGUAUGGAGGCCCACCACACAGCCCUGUGGUACCCCUGAAGUAUGGAGGCCCACCGCACAGCCCUGUGGUACCCCUGAAGUAUGGGGCCCACCGCACAGCCCUGUGGUACCCAUGAAGUAUGGAGAACCACACAGCCCUGUGGUACCCCUGAAGUAUGGAGGCCCACCACACAGCCCUGUGGUACCCCUGAAGUACGGAGGCCCACCACACAGCCCUGUGGUACCCCUGAAGUAUGGAGAACCACACAGCCCUGUGGUACCCCUGAAGUAUGGAGAACCACACAGCCCUGUGGUACCCCUGAAGUAUGGAGAACCACACAGCCCUGUGGUACCCCUGAAGUAUGGAGGCCCACCACACAGCCCUGUGGUACCCCUGAAGUAUGGAGGCCCACCACACAGCCCUGUGGUACCCCUGAAGUAUGGAGGCCCACCGCACAGCCCUGUGGUACCCCUGAAGUAUGGAGGCCCACCGCACAGCCCUGUGGUACCCCUGAAGUAUGGAGGCCCACCACACAGCCCUGUGGUACCCCUGAAGUAUGGAGGCCCACCGCACAGCCCUGUGGUUUAA